AUGUUAGUUAAAGCGAUAUUAGUUAAAGCGACAUUAGUUAAAGCGAUGUUAGUUAAAGCGACAUUAGUUAAAGUGAUGUUAGUUAAAGCGACAUUAGUUAAAGUGAUAUUAGUUAAAGUGACAUUAGUUAAAGCGACAUUAGUUAAAGUAAUGUUAGUUAAAGCAACAUUAGUUAAAGCGAUAUUAGUUAAAGCGACAUUAGUUAAAGCGAUGUUAGUUAAAGUGACAUUAGUUAAAGUGAUAUUAAUUAAAGCGACAUUAAUUAAAGCAAUGUUAGUUAAAGCAAUGUUAGUUAAAGCGACAUUAAUUAAAGCAAUGUUAAUUAAAGCAAUGUUAGUUAAAGCAAUGUUAGUUAAAGCGAUGUUAGUUAAAGCGAUGUUAAUUAAAGUGAUAUUAGUUAAAGUGACAUUAGUUAAAGCAACAUUAGUUAAAGCGACAUUAGUUAAAGUGAUAUUAAUUAAAGCGAUAUUAAUUAAAGCGAUGUUAGUUAAAGCGAUGUUAGUUAAAGCGACAUUAGUUAAAGCGAUAUUAGUUAAAGCAGCAUUAGUUAAAUUAAAGCAAUAUUAG